AAUGCUAAUACAUCAUAGGAUUUUCUCUUUCAAUUGUACUUUGCUUCUCAUCAAUGACAUACAAAUUAACAACUCUACACGGACCACCCAGUGAAACCCAAGAGAUCUUGCAAACUCAUAUACAGAGAAUCUCAGCUACGCAUCCAUAUUUCACAAAAGUUCAUGUGGUAACUAAUACCCCACCACCUAAACCAACAGCACAAGUCAUUCGAUCUACAAUAACAUACUUAUGGGAUGUAGUUAAUGACUCUACUACGACUUACGUGUUUGCAAAGCCAGCAGAUGAAAUCAAUAUCAACCCUGAUUUGUCAUUUACGAAUACAUUAGAAUUUAACAAGGGCAAGAUAAGAAUCGUAGUACAUCAAGACAAGUUUCAAAUGAUACCUAAUUUGAAAAACUCAUCCAGAGUUAAAAAGCUAAGCCAAGAUAAGGUAGGCCAUGGUGGGAAUUAUUUUGUUAAAUAUAAAUAUUUGAUAGAAAUGGAUAAGGUAGUACCUGAAUUAAAGGGUAUCAUUGACACUAUAUUUUCAGAGGUUGAGAUCACCACAUUCCAACCUACCGAGGUAGAAUUACAAACGAAUCAGGUUCAACUUCCUAGCUUACAAGAUUUGGACAACUAUGAACUUUAUGAAUGUCUAAGUUUGGUUCUUAAUGUGUCUAAAGAUAGUAUUGUACGUGAUGACAAUUUUUCACGUUAUGAGAUAAACUGGAGUCAAGAAUUAGUGAAUAAAUAUACUGUUGCUGACGUCUCUUCAGAAUGGAUAAACGAAAUUCCUCAAGAUUGGACCAUUGCAAGCUUACACGGUGAAACAUAUCAUAUUUUAAUACAUAGAACCCCGUCAAGCACAAAGAUCUGGGAAAUAAUAUAGUGUAUUGAAAAAGCUAUUGUGGAGAACAUAAAAAAAGAUGCCUUUCAGGAGGUUGGUUUCUCAAUGAAAUAAUGACGAACACCAAACCCUUGAUUUGUGAACUUGUUGUUAUAGCACAGUUGGUUCUUGGAAUCAGUUAGUUUUGCAAUGAAGGUGAUCAUUAAGAAGGAUUUGAACAGCAUCUAAAUUUGUAUCUUGCUUAACCAUAGAUUCUAUAAAAUAGACAAAUAUAUCGAAUAGACAUUCAAAUACAAGAGGAUG